AUGUUCUUGUUUGUUUUGCAGAUUUGCAUUUGCAUUUGCUAUGCCAUUUGGGAGUUUCUCAUAGAACAAGCCAGGUUACAUAAGAUGAGCACAGGAUUCAGCGCAGAGAUCUUUGCGCAGAAGCUUUCGAAGCUUAAUAUUGCACAACAGAGUAUAGAGACUUUAUCGCACUGGUGCAUCUUCCAUCAUCGUUGUUGCCAGGAAGUUGUUGACAUAUGGAAUAAAGAUUUUCACUCAGCUCCUCAAGAGAGAAAGAUAUCUUUGCUGUACCUUGCAAAUGAUAUUAUGCAGAAUAGUAAGAAGGAUGGCAUGAGAUAUAUACAUGAGUUCUUGAAGGUCAUCGCUGCUGCCUUAGAUGACCUGUUCACCAACGGUGAUGAUUUUGGACGAAAUGUUGUAAAAAGACUGGUUGACAUAUGGGAAGAUCGCAAGUUGUUUGGCACCCAAGGACAACUCCUAAAGGAAGAAUACACCCGCAAGUUUAAGGAGCUAAAGUCGAAAAAACCAGGUGGAGAGCUGGUGGAGAAGGUUAUAUCGAGCUACAAGCAUAUGCUGCGGGCACCUGUAGAUGAGGCCAAGUUGAUGAGAGAAUGCAACAGUGCUCUAAGCUUUGUUGACAACCUGAACAAAGAGUAUGGAAAUUCGUACUUAGGGAGCAGCAAUGGAUAUAGCUUUGUGGAGGAGCUGAAGGAACAACAUAGUAUUCUGAGAAACACCAUUGAACAAUUCAAAAUGUCUGAAUCACUCAGGGCCACUCUGGUAUCUGAUUUGAAGGAAGCACUCCAUGAGCAGGAGUUCAAGACAGAACUUGUCAGACACCAACUUCGGGCAGCUCAGGUCAGAUAUAGGAAAGCUGAUGACUUCUGCCAGAAGCUCGGAAUAGAUGUACCAAGGCACGAGCCAUCUAAUGGGGUUGAGAACUCCAGUCUCUCUGAAGUGCCUGCUACUUUUCCCCCAGUUUCAGCUAAUGCUAAUUCUGUCGAGAAGGGACGAUCGACUGCAGUGAUGUAUUCACGGGAAGGAGAUGGAGGUGAGCCUGAGACCCUCAACGGCGGUUUUUCUUCACGAGCCACCAGGGGCAACUUUGAGCAGAAAAUAGAAGGGCACCCUCCUGGUACUAAGAGGCAGAAGAUAGAGAAUGGUAUAUCUGUCCCUCAGCCUGAAGCACCCCCACCCCCACCGCCACCCCCACUCCCGUAUCCUGAUACAUUUGAACAGCCACCACCACCGCCUCAGUAUCCUCCAUCACCAGAGUCUAGCCCACCACCACUUCCACCUUCAAUGCCGCCCCCAAUCCCACCACCACCACCACCACCACCUUCUACAGAUGCAUUUAUGCCAGUUCCUGCUCUUCCAAUGGGAGGAAUGCCAUAUUUCCCACCGUUUCCUCCACCUGUAAACUAUCCCAUGAUCAACAUGCCACCGCCUUUCCCUGGUGCCCCAAACCCUCCUCACCCAGGUUUCCUUGGAUUUGGGGGUCCCUUCUAUGGCCCGCCUUUCCCCUCGGCACCCCAUCAAUGA